UCAACAGACUUCACUCAAAGUUUUUAAAAUUAGAAUCAAUCAAUCAAACCAAAAUCUUUACCAAAUCUGUUUAACCAAUUUCUUCCCAAAUUAUCUGAAUCAACCAACUUGAUCAAUCUUCCCAUUUCCUCUGCAACCAAAGCCUCUGAAGUCCGUGGACUGGCAGUCGAUGUUGUUCGUGGUAAAAAUCAGAAAAUGGACGACAGUUUUCUCCGCUCGGAAAUGCAGGCGCGCAUGGAAUCUCAGGAUCGUCGCAUCCAGCCCCGGAUCGUCUUCAACGACAACGAUGUGACAUCGUUCCGGCGCAUCCUCUCCUACUACAUGGCCGGGGAUUAUUCCUCCGCCAUGCUGGAGAUGAACGGCCUGAAGUCGCGCGGCUACACCGAUGUCGUGCACAUCAAUCUCAACGAUCUGGUGCUCAAGUUCUAUGCGUCGCGCUGUAUCGAAGCCGAGGUUCUGAUCACGGACCUGCGGGAGGCCAUGAUGAAGGCGUACGGGCCGAUGUUCGAAACCAGCAAGGAACGGGAUCUCACGCAAGUUGGAUAUCUCUACAAUUACGCCUUGAUAUCGUUCUAUUUGAUGCGCUAUAAUCAGGCGCUGGCGAUCAUGAAUGCUGUGAUGCGCUAUGCAGAAACCCUCGAAGAUGGAUUGGUUCGCGACUGUUGUUUUCUGCUUCUGGAACUGCACAUACGGCUUUUUCAGGUGAACGAAGCGCUGCAAGUGAUUAGCUAUUUGGAGGAUGAUUUCGAUGAGGCGACCGGCCUGCGUAUUAAACUCCCGGAUAACUACCACACCGAUUCCCUGUUGUUCGAUGAAAACUGCCAGCUCUUCCGUCCGGCUAUCACAUUUAAAGCGAAACUCCAACUGUACAAACUGCGAGUGGUCAACAUGUUGUGGAACCAGAAUCAGAGUAAGAAGGAAUCCAGAGGCCUGCUGUCCACGCAAGGCACGAACCCCGUGUCAUUGUACCUGAAAAGCCAGUCAGAGUACAACCGCGGCAACUACUCGAAAGCCAUGAAAGCCCUCAACCACACGGCGCCCAACGCCAACGCGGCCAGCAGUGUCCUGUCGGGCGACUGCCUGCCCUCGCUGUACUACAACAACAUGGCCUGCAUCCACAGCGCCAUGGGCAAGAACACCAUCGCCACCGUCUACUUCAACCUGGCGCUGGAGGAGAACACCAAAGCCAUGCAGGCGCUGCAAAUGAACGGCAAGGUGGACUACGGGCAGAUGCCGUUGCAGUGUGUGCAGGCCUCGCGCUUCGCCGAGUUGGUGUACAAUCUAGGCACGCAGCUGCUGGUGUCCGGGCAGCCGGCGCAGGCCUUCCCGCUGCUGGUGGAGGCCUCGCAUCGCUACCAUCAGAAUCCGCGGUUGUGGCUGCGGCUGGCCGAAUCCUGUAUUGCCAAACAUAAAAACGAUCUCAUCGAUCCGUUGCAUCGGCGUAAGCCAACCCGCUACAUGAUCAAGGGCUCGAUCGGUGCGGGAAAGUACCGGAAACUCCUCUUAUCAUCAGUAUUACUGCCGUAUCAGAAGCAGCUAGCUCAGCGAAAAGUGCAACCGCAAACCGAGGCGAAGAAAGACCCGUCGGAACCGGCGCUGACCAUCGAGUUCGCUCGCAUGUGCCUAAUCAACGCACUGGCCACCGUCAAUCGGCACCUGGCCAGGGGAAGCGGUCUGCCGAUGGAGGACGUGUACGCCAUUGCACCCAGUGGGAUGACAUCCAAGCAGGAAAUUAUGACUCUGAAGGCAUACAUCCUGGUUAAUCUAGCCUUUGUUUCCAAUUCUUUAUGGGAUUUCGUUGGGGGAAUUGAGUACUCCCGGCAAGCUGAGUCCAUUCCGGAAUUGCCUGGCGUAAUGAAGUUUCUGAUUUCGGCCUACGCUAGCGAAGGCUUCAUGCGGCUGAACCGAUUAAACGACGCCGGACACUAUUUGUCAGUAUCGAACAUCAACAACAUCUUCCGCCAGAUGAACACGGAUCUGGAGAAGGACGGCCAGGUCAACAUGACCCGUUCGCAGGCGGCCAGCCAUGAGUCGGCUGCAUCGCCCGCUGGAACGCGCAGCUCGGAAGAAAGUGUCAACGAUGAGCAGGGAAAGAUCUACGAACAGCCGGAAGCCGUUAUCAAAUCGUUCCUCCACAUUCCAAAUGAUUAUCUGCGGAAACGCCCGGUGUUUGCCAGGAAUCUCUUGGGCUACAAUCAUGCGGUGUGGUUGGCGAUGACUGGGGAUUUGGAAGCCGGCUAUGAGAUUGCCGAAAAGCUGCGCAGUGCGGAGACCAACGCCGAUUCCAUAACGCGUGCCCGCGCCACCCAGUUGUGCAUCUAUAUCCGUUUCCGUCAGGAGAAUCGCACGGAAGCACUGAAACUGAUUCUGGAUGAAUGCCCGGAAUGGAAAGACCGGUUGUACAAGGAUUUCGAUGAGGACGAGAAGAAGCUGCGGGCGCUGCGCGAGCAGCAGGGUGUCCCGUGGAUUCUGGAAGGAUGACUGGGAUGAUACUUGUGAUGUUGCUGCUGAUCAGGGUUUUUGCUCGUUGUUAUUGAUUUGGAUGUUGUCCUCUGCGUUCGCUGCCGAUGCAGCGUGCAUGCUAGUGUAGUCAGUGUUUUUAACCGUUUUGUUGUUUUUUGAGCGUUUUGGAACGUUUGGAUUUUGAACGGGAAAUUUGUUUGCCUUAAUUUAAUGAUUAUGGUUGCGCAGUACUAUUCCGAGAGUGGACAGUCCAGCUGAACAGUGCGUAGUUUCCGGCUUUGACUGCUGUUGAUUUUGUGUUAAUACGAAAAAUAAAACCA